CGGGAGGGUAGGUGUCCCAGGGCACCCUGAGUGGGCCGGGGCCUGAGCCCAGCCCCGGAAGAGCAGGAAGGCCGGAGCUCACCCCACGAGGGCUCACCUCGCCAGGACGGUGCCCAAGCCGAUCCCUGGGAAGGCAGCAGGGUCUUCCAGCAACACCUGCCCAGCAUGCAGAAAGUCGGGGCCCCCGGGGGCCAGGGCCAGGCCCCCAGCGGAAUGGGCGCCCUGGGCCGCUCGGGGGUCAUGCUGCUCACAUACGUGCUGGCGGCCCUGGAGCUCACCUGCCUCUUCAUGCAGUUCUCCAUCAUGCCCUACCUCUCUCGGAGGCUGGGCCUGGACUCCGUCGCCUUUGGCUACCAGCAGACCGUGUUUGGCGUGCUGCAGCUGCUGGGCGGGCCUGUGUUCGGCAGGUUCGCAGACCAGCACGGGGCGCGGGCAGCCUUCACGCUGUCCUUCCUGGCCUCGUCCGCCCUCUACCUGCUCCUAGCGGCUGCCUGCAUCCCCGCCCUGCCCGGCGUGGCCUUGCUCUUCGCCUCGCGCCUGCCGGGGGCACUCAUGCACACGCUGCCAGCUGCCCAGAUGGUCAUCGCGGACCUGUCCACACCUGAGGAGCGGCCCGCGGCCCUGGGCCGGCUGGGCCUGUGCUUUGGUGUCGGACUCAUCUUCGGCUCCCUGCUCGGUGGAACCCUGAGCAGCUCGUGCGGGAUUCAGUGUCCGGUCAUUGUGGCCCUUGUGGUCACCCUCCUGGGAGCCCUCCUCAGCGUCACCUGCAUCCCAGCCAGCACCAAGGGGGCCAGCGCCCACGCCCAGACCACACUGCCAGGGAAACCCAAGGCCAGCGUGUUUGAUCUGAAGGCCAUCACCCGCCUGCUGCUGCAGCCGGGCGUCCUGCCGGUGUUUCUGGUCAAGGUCAUCUGCGGCCUCCCCAUAGGGCUCUUCAUGGUCAUGUUCUCCAUCAUCUCCAUGGACUUCUUCCAGCUGGAGGCCGCCCAGGCCGGCUACCUCAUGUCCUUCUUCGGGGUCCUCCAGAUGCUCAUCCAGGGCCUGGUCAUUGGGCGGCUGAGCAGCCACUUCUCCGAGGGAGCCCUGCUCCAGGCCAGCGUGCUGGUCUUCAGCGUGGUGGGACUGGCUAUGGCACUGAUGGCCAACGUCUUCCACUUCUGCCUCCUGAUGCCCGGCCUGGUCUUCAGCAUGUGUGCCCUCAACGUGGUCACCGACAGCAUGCUGACCAAGGCCGUCUCGACCUCAGACACAGGAACCAUGCUGGGCCUCUGCGCCUCUGUGCAGCCGCUGACGCGGACCCUGGGGCCCACCCUGGGCGGCCUCCUGUACCGCGGCUUCGGCGUCCCCAUCUUCGGCCACGUGCAGUUCGCCAUCAACUUCAUCGUCCUCCUGGUCCUCUGGAGGCAGCCUGUGCCCCGGAAGAUGGGCAGAGCCCAGUGACCUUGGCCCCAGGCAGACUGGCAAUAAACUCCCUCGGGACCUCU